UUAUUGUAUUAUCCUGAAUUUCAUUUUUCAAUAUAUUUAUAUAAAUUGAGAGCAUCAUGUCGUCGGAACCGAGGGAUGUUAAAAAAACGAAAGGUCGUGUUGUUGCAUCUAGAUACAAGCAAGCUGCUGAUGAUUUUCCAAAAACCAAAGCCACACCGAAAGACGGAACUUUUCUUGGUGCUAAAUCUAGAGCUAAUGAGACUACAAUAAAUCCAUCCUUCCUCGAUUCAGCAACGCCAAGAUUUGGGCCUAGUUUCAAUAUGAGAAAGAAAGGUAUUCAAGAGUUUACUUCAACGCCAAUGGUAGCAGUUUCUUCAUGUUCUUCAGCACCAAUGGUUCCAAUUCCUUCAUGUUCUCAUAUUUCGUUAGAAGGUCGAAGUGAUACUACUUUUAGCCAUACAAACUUGGAAAGUACUCGAAUUUCAAAAAGUGCUUCAGCUUCAUCAACUUCAUCUUCUUUGGUUUCUGAUGGAAAUAAAAAACAGUUGCAUCAGUUAAAUAGCAGACAGCAAGAAGAAGAGAUAGACGUGUUGUAUGCCCAGUAUUUGCAAGCUGCAUUUCAGCUCAGUCAAGCAAAGUCUGAUAUGGAAAAGAACUCGAAAUGUGCUUUAGAAAAGUAUCACAAAAUGUGGCGCUUGUCGCAAGUUUAUCUGCAUAAUAGCCAAGCUGCACGCAAAUGUUUGUCAUUAGUUCAAUGCCUACUGGAAACAUAUGAGCUUCUGAAAGAAAGAGAAAAAGUACUCAAAUCUGUUGUUGACAUUCUUCCCACACUAAGGAGUCAGUAUGAGAAGAUAGCUACAGCUGUUGAUUCUGUCAGACAUCAGUUACUAGUCAAGAAUGUUUGUUUACCAAGUUCUGAUUGUGAAGGGGAACAACUGACCCACUGCUUAAAUGAAGUUUGUAAUUUACUAAGCGAGCUUAUGUCCUCGAUGCAUUCCAUUGAUGAAAUAAACUCUUGUGCCAUCAAUCUCGCCUCUUUUGCUUCCAAUGGAGAAUCUUUAGUUCCAGAAAUUGAAAGAUGCCUAAAUGUUCUUGAAAAACUAAGGCAACUCCUUCUUUGCAAAGCCGCUUUUGUUCUAUGAAAUUUGGGAUUUGAUAUUGGACAAAUCAUAGUGCUUGUAAAUAAGAUAUAUAUUUAUAUUAUGUUUCUUAUCGCCAUGAUUGUAAAUAAGAAUUUGUCUGUACACCAUGCUGUAAAUAGUAUUUAUUGUUAGAGAGAAAAUUUUAUGUGUUGUAUUUUUGUGAAAAUUUUGUAAAUAUUUUUUGAUAAAGCUUUCAAUCUUUGUGCAUUUUUAACUCUUAUAUUU